CCACAGACAACACAGAGCCACGUAUUAUCACCAGUAACUCGUCCAGUAUCUGUCGCUUGGUCUUGUAAAGCCCAUUGACACUUGGGGUUGCUGUCGGACGUCGGUACGGUUGGUUUGGGACAGGAAAGAAUCGCAGAGGAUACACUUGAGACUACAUUAGCCCAGAGGCCCGGUGGGCGUCACUCCACCGUCAACGAUUUUUUGCACAGGCCCUGAUGGCCCCAUUUUUCCUGGGUGCGUUCUAUCCUGUAGUAGGACUGAGCAGAUGGGACUCAUGGGAGGAUAUCAAGCAACUAGUGAAGAAGGAGUACCUGUCAACAUUGGUGAACAAUUACAAACUCUGGCCUGCUGUCCAGUUAGCCAACUUUUAUUUUGUUCCUCUCAACCUAAGAUUGUUGGUAAUGAACUGCUCUAGGGUGGAACACAUACUUAUCCUGGAGAGCAAACAGUCAAACAGACGACUCAUCCACCUCCUAGUGUCAUCACUCACAAGGAAACUAAAAAAGGGUUGUGAAGAUGGGACCACAGACAUGUGAAGAAAAUUCAGUUGAGACUGUUGACAAGUUUUAUACAGAAAUUAAGGAGAUGGUGUUAUUUGUAAGAACUAAUGACCUUGAAAGGAUUGCAAUACAAAUGUAAUAUUAAGGUAAUAUUAUCAUGUUAAGGUAUUUCGGUUGGCUAAAUUGGCAUUUUGACCUUCCACUGUUUUCUUAUUAAUGAAUUAAGAAAGAAUGGAGCCGUAACUAAUGUUGAUUGAUGAGCAUGAAAGAAUUCUAAAUCUGAUUUUUUUGGGGGGGGGGAAUUGAUGACGUCAUCAUUUUAUUGCCACAUAACAGUACUGCUUGACAUGGACUUGUAAAGUCUCUGAAGUUUUUGUUCUCAUUCAUCAUGAAAUGUCUUGCCAGAAUACAAUAUGCUUUGUUGCUCCACAUAAACGAAGAGAACACUACUGAUUGUUUGCAUGUGUUUUUCUUUGCACUAUUAAAUGACUGACAACACUUUACUUACAAUAUAUAUCAGCAAUGGCCCUAAACCAGUGGAACUACACGAAACAAGUUUGCAAAACAGACCAAAAAUGCCUCCUGUAAAUUAGUGGCCUCUUCCAUUGGCCCAAUGACCUGAAGAGUCUGAUUAGAAACUAGAUAUACCAACUCUGAACUCUGCUUCGUCACUUUGGCAAGACUGUCCAUUGCAGAUCUUCCUGUCCCUUUGCAUUCACAUAUCUCUAACACACAGUGUGACACACAACCACAAACAUACCAACACACUUGAGAAAGAACUUCCAUACAAAAACCUCAGAAACUGUUUCUACAUAGCCUGAUCUUUUCAACUUAAGCUAAUGUUCCACAUGCUUCAGGAUUAGUUUUUAGAAUUUUCGGAAUACAUAUGAUAAACUAGAUAAGGAAACAUAUCUUUUGCAGAAUAUAAAUGAUCCUCACUAAUUUGUUGGCAAUCUUGAAUUUGCACCCUUGAAUUUGUAAGGAUCAUAAAAUUGUUUUCUAUGAAUUCCAGCACACUCCAAUGAAUUCCGUAAAAUUUGUGUCUUUUAGUAGCAGAUCAUAUGAAUUAAGUAAACUGUAUUCUUUAAAACAGGCAUGAAUAUGCAACCUCUGCUUAGUGUAUCUAGCUACUAAUUAAGGCCACACCACUUUCAUUUCCUGGUUCACAGAUGCAGUGCAAGACAACUUACUUUCACAGCAAGAGCUGAUCUAUUUAAAGAAAGGAGAACAGAGUAAUGUCACCGAUUCUUUUAUUCUGCCAGCACCUUACAGAAAUGUUUCAAAACCAAGGUAAAACAGAACACAUUCAUUUUUACAGGAAAAGUAAAAACAAAACGGUGUACUGUAAAAUCACUUAGUAAAUAAACAAAUAAACAAGUUAGACACCAUCUGGUUGACUUCGUUUUUCGUAUUUCACAAUGGCGUCAAAACGUACGCCCUUUUUUGGCAUAGGUGUAAACAACUUUGAAAUCAUGGGGACCUUUUUGUUGGUGUUGUCGUUACGGUCCCACUUUUCCUUCGGAAGUGUUUCCAAUGAAGCUUACGACUAUGGAGUAACCAGACGAGGGCCGAAACGAAGGUUGCGAAGUUGAGAGAGGGUCCGCAUGGGGCGGUCUUGGUAACGCUUAACGGUGAAUUCAGGGGGCGCAGUAACGCUUAACGGUAAAUCCAAGAGGCCCUGUAACGCUUAACGGUGAAUUCUGGAAAACAAAUAACGCUUAACGCUGAAUUAAAACGACAAAUAACGCUUCACGAAUGAUAUACCAAAAACGCUUAACGUUGAAUAAGAACGGGUCGGUAACGAUUAACGGUGAAUUAAAAUGGCUCGUAACGCUUAACGAAAAAAAGGCAUGCAGACCCUC